AUGUUUUGCGACAUCUCACGUAUCUCUGCUUUGCAGUAUCUAUGGCCGUCUGCAAACUGUCGAUCGGGACAUCAGUGGCGAACCAACCCAGCUUUGUUAGAAUACAUGCAAAAUCAUCUCGACAAUACUUACACAUCGAAAGUAGAGCGCUACCGACUUGCAAAGGGAUUUGGACAAAUUCUCCUCAGUAACUGUCGUGAGGCUAUCGGAACAGCACCUAUGUAUCGCGAUAAUAAGUAA